AUGUCUGCCCAACAAUCCAACAAUGCCUUGUCGGUCGCCAACAAAUCAUUGCAUUCACACCUCAACCGGAUCAAACUGUUUCAAUCGGAUGGCCGGGUGGUGGUUGACCAGGCACAUGAAUUUGCCAAGCUAGUAUCACAAGCACUCCAGCAACAAGGCAGGAAUGCGUCGGUCGUUCCGCCAUUGCUGCUCUCUGCAGCCGCUGAGGUUCGGGCAACAAUGAACAUCGGUCAGGUCCCCCAAUGGGAAUGUGUGCGGGUGGAUGAUUCCCACAUGGAAUCACACCCCUUCUUCCCCAAGACACAAGGGCUUGCUGCACCUGCACUGGCGCCAGUGCCAACCCCACUCCCAGUCCCAGUCCCAGUCCCGCCCCCAGCUCCCAAGGUGAUGUUGGUCCCACCAAUCGACUCACUUCCCGUCGAGGCUGCCAAGCCAACGGCCGACAAGGGGAAGCAGCCAGUUUGGGGGACUUGGCGAGCCAGGGAGGAUGAGUCUGGUGAGUCGGGCAAUGUCUCACGCAAGAAGCGUAGGAUCGUGUCGAAGGCCAUCAUCUCUGACACCGAAGAUGAUGAUGGCCAGCCGGGCGGGACCAUCAUUGUGGUAAAGUUAGACACCGCCAAGAAGGUGAAGCAGGUGAGAUUCACCUCGUCCCCUCGGUCAUCACCACUCAGAGAUGUCCAGGCCGACACCAAGGAGCGCAUUGGCCGACCGACGCCGAAGGGUAAGGGAAAGGAGAAGGAGAAGGAAUGGGCUGUGACAAUCGCCGAGGGUGAUGUGUAUGAUUCACCCUGUAAGAGGUGUUCUGCCCAGUUCGAAUGUCUCGCUGCCCUCGGCCGCAAGGGCCAAAUCACAAAGUCCUGUGCCAGGUGCUACGAGAUGAAGGUGAAGUGUGACCGACCAGUACCUAACAAGCUUCCACAAAUGGCCGAGCUGGUGCAGUCAUCACGUCCUCGGUCAAAGGCCCCACUCGCCUCCACAUCCAAACCGCAGCCCAGGGCGACAAGGGCGGCCUCCCAUGCACGUCUACCACCGCCUGUGGUAGAAUCUGAGGACACCAUGGAUGAUGAGGAUGUCGCUGUUGAGGCUGAUGAAGACAUCGCCAUGUCUCAUGCAGCCGAUACCGAGCAGCAGACUGAUGUCGCUGCGGUGACGCCAAGUGAGACCGUCAAUCGGCCGGCAGCCAUGGCGUCGGCGAAAGACUUUCCUGCUGACCAUUGGCAGGAGGUCACCGACGACACCCCCAUCCUACCACCACCACCACCACCACCACCACCACCUGCUCCUGCAGCCAAACCCACCACCUCAUCGGCCGAACUGACUAUCCACGAUUGUGUGGUCUCUCUGGCGGCUAGAGUCGCUGCCAUGGAAAUGGCCGACCGCAACACCCUUGCUAGGGUGGAUGCGAUGGAGCACAACUUCAACUCCUGCAUCUCCUCUAUGCGGGCCGAGUUUUCCGACGUCCAACUGAGCUUCAAUGCCACGGUGGAUGUGGUAAAUGGUCUUGCCAACAUGGUGGAGAAAAUGAGGCAGGAACGCUCAGUCCUGAACACAUCCUUCCCACCACCAGCGAUUGGCCCAACCGGUGCUUCCACAGCCACAGACAUGGGCAUCAGAUACUUGACUGGUGUGUUCGGCCCUUCGGUUGCUCCCAAUGCUGAUUCUGUCGCCGUCAGUCAACCCUCAGCAUCUCGCCCAUUCGGUCGCCCUGAUGUGCAAGGCAGGACAUUCACCAGUGGGCAACCAUCAUCUGAGUCGGUGCAGGCCGGUCCUUCAUCUGCUCCCCCCAUCCAAUGUGAUUUGAGUGUUUCAUGCCCUGCUUCUACUACUUCCUCCCUCCCUUGA